AUGAGUCAAAGGAAUGGACCGAAGCUUGAGCUGAAGCUGAACCUGUCGCCACCAAGGAUGAACCACCGGGUGGUGGAGUCCCCGACCCGAUCACUGACCGUGUCGCCAACGUCCCCGCCGAGCUCAUGUGUCUCCUCCGAGCAGGAUGAGACGCUGCGGUACUCCACCAGCCCGGAGGCCACGUCGAUGAUGUUGGUGGGGUGCCCCAGGUGCCUCAUGUACGUGAUGCUAUCGGAGGAGGACCCCAGAUGCCCCAAGUGCAAGAGCACUGUAUUGCUCGAUGUCAUCCACGACAGAAACGCCGCCAGCACCACCGCCGCCGCCAGGAAGACAAAGAAGAUUUGAGGCAGACGGCAUUCACAGGAAUCUUGAGAAACCUGCUAUUAGUACUAGCUACCAACCCCCCCAAAAAAAUGGAAAAAAGAACAUAUAUGUCCCAAGAAAACCAAAAUUGAUAACCAAAUAGGCAGCGAUUUCUAGAUUCAUCUCGCAAAGUAGCACUGUUCCUGCUCCAUUUCUAGGCCGGUAGGUGGAGGAAGUUUUAAAGGAGUGGAGCCUCAAUAGUGCUAUUUCCCUUGUUUAUUUAAGUUCGUAGGAAGAGUAGAUCGAGUAUAGCAGCAGCGGUGUUGGUGGGUGGGAUUUGUUCCAUCUUCAGCAGAAACCUAUGUUCAUGUUCCUAAAUUUUCUUAUCAGAAUGUUAGGUAAUUUUUCAGCAUGCA